AUGAAUGGUUCGGAGCACAUGAAACUAUGGAUGUUCAUAUCGAAAUGUCAAUUCUGGAUCAUCCUCUGCACCGUCUUGAUCUCUUUACUUCUAGUCGCCAAAGCAUUUUUCAAUUUGAUUAAGAGGAAGAGAUCCAAUUAUUUCGUAUUCUUGAUAAGUAUCAUUGCUGCUAAUGUUAUCACUCUUCUCAUUAUUCUAUUCGAUAUUUUUAACUUUUCGUUUAAAGGAACGCUCGUCUGCAAACUGGAACUUUUCUUCUCGAACAGCGCCGCGUGUUUCAUAAAUUGGAUCUGGUUAUGUCUCUUCUCUCAGAGAUUUUUCAUUCUUUUUUACCCGAUGAAACGGUCUUCUCAUGGAUUCUUUGGAUUUAUGAGGUCUGGGAAGAAACUGAUUCUUGCGACCGCUUGUUUUGCACUUCUGACGCAGAGUUGGUCAUUGAUAUUCAUUGAAGAAGUCACAAUGUUAACUGACGAUGAUCAACUGAUUGGUGUUUGUGAACGGGAUGUUGAUAUUAUGAGUGACUUCGGCUACCGUAUCCUUGCAAUCGGAGAAGCAUUCAUCACCUACGCAUUCCCAUUUCUUCUAACUAUUGUCAUGGAUAUUGCAGUACUGUAUCAAUCGGCUAAUUCGAGUUUCGUGGUAAUGUCGGCUGAAAACAUUCGAACGGAACACAGUGUCCUGCUCCAAGUGAAUGAAACCGUCAAAAUCCAGUCAUCUCAAUCGAUAAAACAAUCGAAUCGACGGAGACAUCAAGCAAUGAGGCGAUGUUUGAUGAUGGCGACUAUUCAAGUGUCCCUCAAUGCUCCAUACUACACAUUACAGUUGUGUGAUGAGAUAUUCAGUUUGAGAACGUCUACACAUGUCUAUUUGUAUCUCGAUGCCUUCUUAUACUUUAUUUAUUUGACUCAAUUCUCUAUGAUCUACUUUUACACUAAUCUUCUGGUCUCACCACGCGGUAAAAGUUGUCGACAACCUCCAAAAAUGCCAGUGAGCUGUACAUCAAGUCUUCGGAGUGAAUAUACAAUAGUUUAA